AUGAGCCAUCCACAAGCUGAGAUCCAUAUUUCGCCCAUAAAGGAGGUCAAUAGCGGCAUAUGGUCCCUCUUCGUCGCCGCUACCAUAUUCCUCGGCCUUCGGGUGUGGUGCAAGGUGGCCUGGCGACACGGACUUUGGUAUGAUGAUUACGUGCUGAUAGCGUCUUGGGUGGCGUUCCUAAUAACAUGCGCCCUGACAUCCGUCCAGUUCGCGGUCGGCUACGUCACCAAGACAUGGGGUGAUCGCAUGCUGAUCCUCGUAUCGACAUCGUCGUGCUUCACGCUCGUCGCCCAGUUCUGGAGCAAGACAGCGUUCGCCGUCACGCUGCUGCGCAUGACCAACCAGUGGCAGAAGAUUGUCCUGUGGUUCAUCAUCGCCACCCUCAACAUCUACAUGGUUGUCAAGCUCUUCGUGCAAUGGGCCAAGUACUGCGAUCAGGAUGCUUUUCAGAACUAUUGGCGGAUGCCUGGUUUCUGUCUCGAUUAUGACGUGGUUGAUCAGAUUAAGGCCGGGGGUAAUGUUGCUAAUAUCGUGGCCGACUUUGUACUUGCUCUUUUCCCGUGGAUGGUAACUUGGAACUUGAGCAUACGGCGAUAUGAGAAAAUUGGUCUUUGCAUAACCAUGAGCCUCGGGAUCCUGGUUGCUAUCGUCGCAACUGUGAGGACGUGGUGGCAGUGGGACCCGAAGAUCAACAUUAACCACCACGAUAAGUACUUCUUCUGGCGACAGGGGAUGUUGAUAAUCUGGUACCAAGCCGAGGUGGCGGGGACCAUAAUCGUACAGUCGAUACCAGUGUUGCGGCCGCUGAUACAGGAGAUUCGUACGGCAAACACUUCGAGAAAACUCACUUCAGCGGAGGGGCGAUAUACGACCAGAGGAGGGAUAAAGAACCGGCACCAUAUGGACGAGAGGGACGAUAACAUGUGGUUGGGCACCAUGGGGACGACACACACGACUGUCGGAAGGGGGUCAAUGACACCGUCCGAAGUCUUGAUUGCUAUCCAGGCAUCGCACACAGCACCACUUGAAAGUCUGCCAAGCCCAUCAGAGUAUCUGGGCCCACCAUCAAAUCACCCAAAAACGUCUCUCAGCCCUAAUGAAAAUUGGCCGUUGAAGUCUUGA